AUGGCGACGAAGAAUGAACACGAGGAAACAACUGGCCUUUUGAGUGACUUGGAAGACUCGGAACAGCAAGACCUAUCCACAAACCUCCCCCACUUGGACACGAAACAUGAGUUUCUCGAAGAGAAGAUCACAGAUGCUAACUUGGAUAUUGAUGACGAAGAAGUUCCUGCUACAUCCGAAGAACUUACUCGACAAGCGGUGGUGCUGGCUGAACAAGCUAUUCAAGACUUGCAAGAUGAACAAGGUGCUGAGAAUGAAUGGAAUGACAACGAUAAGCCUGAAGACUCAAUUGGUGAUAUAGCCGGCUCUCUUGAUGAUGUUUCUGAUGCAGACCCUGACCUAAAUGAUAAUGAACCCAUUGUUCCAGAGAAUGAAGAAGAGGGCUUUGCGCUGGAUGAACCACAGAGUGACUUUGAAGAGGACUCUCAGGAUCUACAGCACGUCUCUGGUGAGCAAUAUGACGACGAGCGGGAUGCGGAAAGUUCUGGAGACGAUAUUGAGCUUCUUGGGUCUAGGCAGGUAUCAGUAGUUGAGAUUGAUAGCGAGGACGAAAUUGAAAAUCUUGAAGAAAGCGAGACGUUUGGAACGGAGUCGAGGGUGGACGAUUCUACCGCUGUGACUGACACUACUAAUGGCAUACAGUCUUUCAGUCUACCCACUAUAGUAACAACUGGGAAGAAGGAGUACCUAUUAGUGCCUCAUCCUAGCUUCGACAAGAGUCUGUCUAACCUUCCGAGCCUAUUUGCAGGCGAGGAGCUUUCGCUGACAAUUCUACUUGGGGAAUUCAUGUCAAAACUUCUGGAAACGGAGGCUUAUUGGGAAUUGAAUCCUGAGCUAAAUGACGAUUUCUUGAAGUUAACGUUCAAUGAUAUCUUUACAGUCUCUUCAAGCGACCAUCGAGCGGAUCAUUUGUCACUCACAGAAGUGGUUAGCAAUGUCCAGCACUUCAAAAACAGACACAAUGACGAGGAUUCACCUGUUGUUAUAAGGCUAAGCUAUGAUGAAAGUCCAGUCGCUGUAUAUGAACGCCUCCUACAGACUCUUGAUGGCCAGUCAGAUUCACCGCUUGUGGAACCAGAAAGUGAUCAGAUUGCUAAGAAGAGAAGAUACUCUUCAUAA